AGAAAGAGAGUCUUUGAGUGAAUAUGCCUUCCUCAAGGUGGGAUGACGAAGAUGAAAAGUAUCCAAGAAUAACAAAGAAGUUUUUGCAGAAAGUCUGCAAGGACAACAGUUUAUACUCCACACCUCAUUUAAAUGAUACACUCUAUUUACAUUUCAAAGGUUUGACUAAAAUUGAAAAUUUGGAAGAAUAUACUGGAUUGAGGAGCCUGUGGCUUGAGAACAAUGGGAUACGAAAAAUAGAAAACUUAGAUCAGCAAGUUGAGUUGCGUUGUCUUUACCUGCAAGAGAAUCUGGUGACGGACAUCGAGAAUUUGGACCACAUGCUCCACCUUGAUACAGUCAACUUAAAUAAAAACAACAUUUCAGAAAUCAAAAAUCUUAGUUGUUUACCACACUUGAAAAAUCUUCAGAUCAAUAACAACAAGCUUCGGACCAGCCUUGAUAUUGAACACUUAGCGAAAUGUUUAUCACUUUCGGCAGUUGAUUUGUCACAUAAUUUAAUCGAAGAUUCGUCCGUUUUGGAUAUCUUUGCUGCAAUGCACUCGUUGAGAGUUUUGAAUAUGAUUGGCAAUCCAUUUCUGAAGCACAUGAAGAACUAUAGGAAAAAUUUUAUCGUCGGAAUAAAAAAUCUGUGCUAUUUAGAUGACAGGCCAGUCACUGAUGUGGAGAGAGCUUGUGUUACAGCCUGGUCGAAAGGCGGGAUCGAAGCAGAAAGAUUGGAGAGAAUUCGAUGGAAGGAAAUGGAGCAGGAAAAAAUUCAGAGAAGUGUAGAUGCUGUGUUAGCUCUUAGAAAUAGAAAAUCUUGUUUGGUUACUUCGGCUCAGCUUAAGAAUUCUCCGAAACAAGAAUCGAACGAAACUGAGGAUAUACCUUUAUUAGAAACGCCACCUGAAUUUCAUAAAGCAACCCACAUUCAGCUUUUGCAUUCUGAUACCGAGACAGAAAAUAACAAAAUUAACAAUGAAACUAUCCAAAAUAGAUCAGAUGUGAAAUUGAUUGAUUCAACCGAAACUAGCAACAGAACUCCAACUUCAAAUUAUUCAAAACUGUUAAAUAUAAGAGAAUUUAAACCAUUAAUUAUAGAACAAUCAACAGAACCGUCAAUUUCAGGAACUUACAUCAGAACUCAAGAAGCCUUGAAUGGUUCAAAUUCAUUAAAUACGGAAAUAAAAACUAUAAAAGAAUUGAAAGCAUCAAUUACAGAGCAAACAACAAAAUCAUCAACUACAGAAGUUAAUAACAGAACUCAAGAAGUCUUGAAUGAUUCAAAUUCAUUAAAUACAGAAAUAAAAGCUAUAAAAGAAUUGAAAACAUCAAUUACAGAGCAAACAACAGAGUCAUCAACUACAGAAGUUAAUAACAGAACUCAAGAAGCCUUGAAUGAUUCAAAUUCAUUAAGUACAGAAAUAAAAACUAUAAAAGAAUUGACAGCAUCAAUUGCAGAGCAAACAACAAAAUCAUCAACUACAGAAGUUAAUAACAGAAUUCAAGCAACCUUGAAUGAUUCAAAUUCAUUAAAUACAGAAAUAAAAACUAUAAGAGAAUUUAAACCAUCAAUUCAGGAGAAUUCACCAGAUUCACCUCAAAACCCUGAAAAUGCUAUUGAAGAAAAUUCUUCCACUGCUGUUGUAAAGAUUUUAACACCAGAACAUAAAGGAGAAAUAUUCGAAAAUAAAAUUGCAACUAUAUUAAAAGCUAAAUCCAAAGAAUUGGACUCUCAUAUAUCAAUUGAUGCAUCUUUGGAAUUUGAUACGUCCAGUGAGUUUGAGCAAAGCACUUCAAUUGAUACAUCCAGCGAGUUUGAUGAAAAUGUAUCGACUGACACAGGCAGUGAAUUUGACCAAAAUAUUCCAUUUGAAAUAUUCAGUGAGGUUGGCCAAAAUAUUCGAAAUGAUACUUUUGUUAAGCUUGUUCAAAAAAUUUCAAAUGACAAUUGUGAUUUAUCAGUGAAUGACAUUACUUCUUAUGAGCAUGACAAUUUUCGACAAAAUACUUUCGACAUAGACAGUUUCAAUGAAUCCAAAAGCAACAUAUACACUGAAGAGCGUAAACAGACAUAUUAUCAAGAGAAGAAAAAUAUAACCAAAUCCCUGGCCUUUGAUAGUGUUGACGAAUCAACAUUUGACAAUAAGUCCAAAUCGCACAAAAUGUUAUGCUCAUUUAAUAACAAAAACGAAUCUGUUACACCGGAAAUAGGCAUAAGCACAGAAUCGCUGGACAAGAACAAUUCGAUAGAAUAUGCAUCAUCACAUUCAAUGUCCAAAGAUUCAACCACAACUGGGCAACCUUUAGAAACAAACAAAAGCAAUAUAAUAAACUCUAACCCUGUUCAAGACACAAUUGGGAAAGUUAGCUUAGAAGACUACAUAAAACUACAAAAAUUAAAUGUUCAAAUAAAAGAAAACAAUUCGAACGUUGUUGAAUGGAAAAAUGUUUAUAAAGUACAAUAUGGCAUUGACAAGAAAGUUGCUUCAAUUAAAGAGGAUAAAGGGACCGAUGCAGCAACAGACUUACCUGACUUGAGUUUAAAUAAAUGCACUUAUGAUAAAACUGAAAGUGAAAUAAAGCUGUCUGGAAAGAAGAAAGACGGGAAGUUAAUGUUUAAAGAAGAUAAAAUGAAAGAUUCAAAUUAUUUAAUAGAAGAUGAUUACGGUAGCUUCACUGAUGAAAAUUACAUUAUUUCUGGGAUGAGCUAUAAAAGUUCCGAUAGUAUAGAAGCUAAAGCAAAGAUCGCGGAAGUUUCAUUAAGCGAGCAACUGCCCUUGCUUGAUAACUCAGCAAGUUUGUGUGUGAAAUCUAAUGAAAACGUUAACAAGUUAGAAACUGAAAAUUUAAAUUCCUCAACCAUAACUGAGAAGUUUUCCUCAGGUUUAGAAGAAGGCAUAACUGAACACAAACAGAGUUCAGAAUUGCAAAAUUUUAUGUCAGAUUUGAACAACGAAGGAGAAGUUGAAGUUACUGAGAAGUUGCAAGAUAGUACAGAGAAUAUUCCAAACUUAUCAGUCGAAAAUAGUUUAAUUCCUGAUGCGAAUCAAAAAGAUUGUUUUAAACCAAGUACUGAAUUAGUGGAAGCGGAUUUUUCGCUUCUUCACCAGCUUGAAAAUGAUUACAUUUUGAAUGAAAAACAAACGGUGCUGAAUCAUAGUAAAACUUUUAAUCAGGAAGAAAACUGUUUAGCAACGAAAACUUCUUUUACAUAUCAAAAACACAGCAAUGUUCACAAAAUUUUAGAUUAUACGCCUCUAUCAGAUUCUAUUGUUAAUAAAUUUCCUCCUAAAUCUUCAUUGAAUAGUUCAACCCAAAAAAGUCAACGUUUUGUAAAAGAUGCUUGCCUUUUACAAAACACUGAUAAUUUUCAAGGUAUGGGAAGAGAAACAAGAAAUUCAUUUGAAAAUAAUUUAGAAGACGAUGAAUUGGAAGGUUCAGUUACGAACUUUGAUAAGGAAAAUUUUUUUUCCAAAGAGUUUUUGUCAGUUUGGAAUAAAAAUGUACCUGACUGUGAAGAAAUCACUUUAGAAACUGAGUCUAAAAAUCAACAUAAUUCCACAGAUAACUAUGAAGAUAGUGAAAUCGAGGAUUCUCAGUUUAAUGACUAUGAAAAUCGUUUGCAAGAGUAUUUGAAUAUUAAAAUGUCUGAAGAGCAGGCUAAUUUAGACAGCUAUUAUGAGCAUUUCAAUACAUCAGAUAUUUGCUGUAACCAAAAUCUUGUAAAUGUAAGUUCAGUGUUCUAUAAAGAUUUUGAAGCAGUAAAUCUAACUGAUGAACAAAAAGAAGAAAAAUAUCGGGAUACUGAAUUAUUUUCCCAAUGGGAAGAUACUUACGAUAAUACUGGAAUUUACGGUGAAGCAUUUCCCACCAUGAGAGAGCAAGAUCCCUUAAAUCUCGUGACUUCUUUGGAUAUUUCUGAUCGUGAAAAUAAAACGAUACAAAACAGACUACAAACUUCAACCAAAAUCAAUGAUCAUAAUGCUUUUAGCAAGGAAUUCAAUGAUUGUUUCGAAUUCAUAGGUGAAGAUUUGAAUACUUUAGAGAGGCAUUAUGAAACUGGUAGAAAUUCAAGAGCAUUUAAUAUUGAGGAAUUAUGUUUCUGUGAAGAAAAUGUCGGAUUCAAGUCUAUACUAAGUGAUGGAAACAGUCGUCUCCAAAAUUAUUUAAGUGAAACAAGUAUCUCGGGAAGAACAAUGGGAAGACAGGCAACGAAGUCUCAGAGCACUAAUAAAAACUCAACAGGAGCAGAUUUAGGAAACCCAAGACUCAAAAGUCCUCUUAGUGGGACUGCCUGCCAAGGAGGAAACCUCCCUUUCAGCUCAGAAGAACGCUUCUGCGAAAAUCAAGAGGAAGAGUCUCGGCUAACUUUACCUGCCAAUGACCAGAAAGAACUUUUCGAUCCCGAAUCUUCUUGUUUGUCUGCUCUUAACUGUAGUAUCUUUGGCAUUUCAUCGUCUACUUCAUUUGACCAUAGAGUUACGCCUCGAAUAUUUGACUUAGGUUUCAAAAAUAAUGAUUCAUCAGAAGAAGAAUUUGGAGAGGAAGAUGAAGCGAUACUUCUUGAUGAACAAGUGAAAAACAUGUUAGUACCUGCCUAUAAAGAAAAGUCUAAGUUUGAAACUUCUAACGCUGUACAUAAUGAGCAACUUUUUGAGCGAAGGCUUAUUUCGAAGAGAAAAGACUCUCAUAAAGAUGAUAACCAUAAAAUAGCAGUUGAAGAUCUCGAUUAAAACAAGAGUUUAAAAAAUUGAAAUAAAGCUCAGAACAAUAUAUAACACUCAUAAUCAGAGCCCGUGAGUAGCUAAAUAUAUAUAUAUAUAACAUCCGUUAUGCCGUUAAAAUUUAAUUUUAAAAAAAAGUUAUCUACUAAAUUUUAUAUAAAAAAUUUUAGCACCUUACGCACUGCAAAAUACUAUCCAAAAAUAUUUAGUUAAGAGUGGCAUUAAACUAAGUUAGAAUCAUAUAUUUAAUGCCAAAAAUUUUCACCACACAAUACUAUUAUAGUUCUAUCUUCUUAUUUACUUUACAUUGUUUACCCAAACAAGCCGUUCAAAUAAAACAAAAUUUAUGGAUAUACAUUAAAAAUUACUUUUUAUUCAACAAAGUUUGGAGGAAUACAAAAUAUUUCAACUGAUGUAUUUGUUGAUGAUUCAGAAAACGUAGUUAGUCUGAAACCAUUAUUUUUAAAUUAAAAAAUAUUGUUUUCAAAAACAAUGAUUAUUUUGUUAAUGUGUGUAAAACUUAAUAAAAUAUAUAUUCAAUACAAUAACUUGCCAUUUCUUUUUAAAUAUUUCCAUGAUUUAAUUCUUAGUUCAUAAUUUUCUUUUUAUCCAAUAACUUCGAGUUUCUGUUAAUUGAAAGAACAUUGGCAGAGUAU